AUGAAGAACCAACAGCAACUUCACGUGGUCACCCCGGUCAGAGAGAGCCUCGCCCUGACAAAAGUGGCACGAACCCCAGUUUGCCUCAAACUGGACUCGUCCCAGCCUACAGGCUCCUUUAAGAUCAGGGGCAUCGGACACCUGUGCAAAACUUGGGCUGAGCGAGGGUGUGAGAGGUUUGUCUGCUGUUCAGGAGGAAAUGCAGGGAUGGCUGCGGCCUAUUCAGCCCGCAAACUGGGAGUACCAACCAUCGUGGUGCCCAGUGUUACGCCAGAGCCCACAGUGGACCGUCUGCGGGACGAGAGGGCUACUGUGGUCAUCCACGGCAAGGCUCUGAAUGAAAGCAUUGAGUACGGACAGCAGCUUGUGGCAAACAACCUGGGCUGGAUAUUCAUCUCUCCCUUUGAUGACCCCCUCAUCUGGGAGGGCCACACAUCUCUGUUGCGGGAACUGGAGCAAAACAUGAAAGAGAAGCCAGGCGCCAUCGUGCUGUCGGUGGGGGGUGGCGGGCUGCUCAAUGGGGUAGUGGAGGGCCUGCGGCGUGCCGGCUGGGCGGACGUGCCCAUUGUUGCCAUGGAGACCGUUGGGGCUCAUAGCCUUAAUGCAGCCAUGAAGGCAGGGGAGCUUGUCACUUUACCUGCUAUCACCAGUGUUGUCACCACACUAGGCCUGACAAGGGUCUCUGCACAACUUAAACUGGUGCAGGAGCACACGCUCUUAUCAGAAAUAGUCACAGACCAGUAGGCCAUAAAGGCCGUGGAACGCUUCUUAGAUGAUGAGAAGAUUCUGGUGGAGCCUGCGUGUGGUGCUGCUCUCGCAGCGGUGUACAGUGAUGUCAUCAAAAGGCUGCAGGAUAAGGGCAAACUGGAGAGGCAGCUGGGCCCUGUGGUCCUUGUUGUGUGUGGAGGCAACAACAUCAGCAUGGAGCAGCUACAGAGGUUGAAAAAACAAGUUGGUCUUCUCUAGCAUCGCCUCGCUUCUUUUUAGUGUCUUCCCCCACCCCCCUUCCUGCCUAUCCAUCAUCUCCUCGCAAAAACGGUUCCAUUUUCCAUAUGCUCCAGAGACCAAAUCAUUCCAGACUGUGAAAUACUUAGUGAGCACAGGGACUGACAUACCUGUAGAGCUGCGUUGCAGAAAGAGUGUUGUCUAUGAAUAUAAUUGGAACCACUGUAGAAAAACAAAACCAAUAGAUCUGUGCUUAUUUUUGGACUCUAAUGAAUGAAUAAAUUAUAUUUCUGAAUAUUA